AUGCACCUUACGAAUCAUUCCAAAACGGCAUUCACUCCGAGGAUAUCAGCGCCUUUUUAUCACUUUAACGUAACCAUCUCUUACUCAACAACCCUUUCGCCCUGGUCCCCUCGACAGGACCUGCUCACUGACACAAGCUACACAUUUGGCACUCUGGCCGGCUCAAUCACCGACUUCGAUUUGGCCUCCAGCGCUACAGAACCCAUGCGAAAGAUCAAUUUACUUGCACGCCACGUCUACAAUAACGGCUUGAUGACCAAUAUAGAUGAGGCACUGACAGCUGUUAACGAGACAAAGUUCGCCCUCCUCCUCGACAGUUUCACACUGCAUUACUACGCCUACAAGUACUGCUGGCGAGUCACGGGCCAGUAUAAGCCUCAGGAGUACGGCAUUCUGCUCAAGGGGAAGGUCAACUAUGCCGACAUCUUCAGCCGUCUUGUCUCAGAGUUGAAAGCAAACCGGAAGAUUGACAAUUUAACUCAAAAGCAAGUUCCCAAAAGAUCUUUGUCUCGCGAGCUGGGCUGCCUAAGAAAUUUUAGAGACAUUGACAGAGUUUCUGUCACCUUUGUCCAUAAACUUGCUACUUGGCCAUUUCUCCUGUAG